AGUUUCACGCGAAUGCUGCCAUCAAUCCACGGUUUCUGGUUAGGGAAUGUUUUAAUCGUUGCUAUGUGAACGACAUCUUCAACGCACGUUCUAAUGAUCUCGCACACCGAAUCAGUGUAUUCGUCAAUGUUGUUGCCUGAUGCAAUACGAAACAUGUCCCAGUCCACGUGAUGGAAGCAGUCUUGGAGUGUGGAAUCAGAUUGGUCGGAUCAGCGUUGGACAGACCUCAGCGUGGGAGCUUCUUGUUUCAGUUUCUGUCUGUAGGCAGGGAUCAGCAAAAUGGAGUCGUGGUCAGCUUUUCCGAAAGGGGGGCGGGGCAGGGCCUUAUAUGCGUCGCGGAAGUUAGAAUAAAAGUGAUCCAAGGUUUUGCCAGCCCUGGUUGCGCAAUCGAUAUGCUGAUACAUUUUAGGGAGUCUUGUUUUCAGAUUAGCCUUGUUAAAAUCCCCAGCUACAAUGAAUGCAGCCUCAGGAUGUAUGGAUUCCAGUUUGCAAAGAGUCAAAUAAAGUUUGUUCAGAGCCAUCGAUGUGUCUGCUUGGGGGGGAAUAUAUACGGCUGUGAUUAUAAUCGAAGAGAAUUCCCUUGGUAGAUAAUGCAGUCUGCAUUUGAUUGUGAGGAAUUCUAAAUCAGGUGAACAGAAGGAUUUGAGUUCCUGUAUGUUUCUGUGAUCACACCACGUCUUGUUAACCAUAAGGCAUACGCCCCGCCCCUCUUCUUACCAGAAAUGUGUUUGUUUCUGUCGGCGCGAUGCGUGGAGAAUCCCGCUGGCUGCACCGCCACCGAGAGCGUCUCUCCAGUGAGCCAUGUUUCCGUGAAGCAAAGAACGUUAGUCUCUGAUGUCCCUCUGGAAUGCUACCCUUGCUCGGAUUUCAUCAACCUUGUUGUCAAGAGACUGGACAUUGGCGAGAAGAAUGCUAGGAAGUGGGGCACGAUGUGCCCGUCUACGUAGUCUGACCAGAAGACCGCCUCGUUUCCCUCUUUUACAAAGUCGUUUUUUUGGGUCGCCGGCUGGGAUCCAUUCCGUUGUCCUGGUUGAAAGGCAGAACACAGGAUCCGCUUCGCGAUAGUCAUAUUCUUGGUCGUACUGAUGGUGAGUUGACGCUGAUCUUAUAUUCAGUAGUUCUUCUCGACUGUAUGUAAUGAAACCUAAGAUGACCCGGGGUACUAAUGUAAGAAAUAACACGUAAAAAAAAAAACUGCAUAGUUUCCUAGGAAUGCGAAGCGAGGCAGCCAUCUCUGUCGGCGCCGGAAGUCAGAGAGGCAACAAAUAGACCAAAGAUAACCCUGAAGGAGCUGCACAUCUCCACAGCGGAGAUUGGAGUAUCUGUCCAUGCAUACCUCUAUGAACGCGGCCUUACUUUUUUUUUGCCAUUUAUCAAUUUUCGAGUUAACGGAAUGAGUAGCAGCUACGUUUGGCUACAUACGGACCAGUAGUGGAAUUCCCGUGAGAGAGUAACGUGAUUGGAUGUUAAUUAUUUGACGAGGCUACCUGUAUUUGACUUUGUGUUGUUAUUUCGCUGAACACUCGAUGGUUGAAUUUUUAUUUUUGGCAGUGAAACUCGGCUACUUAGGCGAUUUAAAAAAUAAAUAAAUAAUCACCCAAAUAUAUAGCCCCAUUGGAAAAUCUACUGUCUGUUUAAAAAUGUGAAUCACAGUUUUAUUUGGCGUACCCACGACGGCAUUGCGCGCAACCCAAGCAAGAGCAUAUCGAUGGUAAAACCAUAAUUACACAACACAGAGGAUGUUAAAAUAAAUGUAUUUAAUAUUUUAUUCUAAAACAGCCACACUGUUGUAAUAGUGUGUGUGUGUAACUUCAGACACACUCUCUUCUGAGUAAAAUACCGUUUUUCAUCUGAGAAUGCUAACAUUCACGUUUGCAGUGACAGGUCUACCAAAACCAAAGUGUGGAUUGCAGUCACUCAUUUGAGAAGUUCCUAGACUGCUUACAGGGCAAUGGAACCAAUAUCUAAAUACACUUGCUGAACAUUUACAGUUAAAGGAUUAGUACCUUUUAAAAUCACAGUAAGAGUGCAGCCAAACAAAGCAAAGUUUGAAAAUAGUCCGUGAUUAAAAGACUGUAGCACAGGAAAUAUUUAAAGGUUAGGAUAUACAUGUACACUGCUCAAAAAAAUAAAGGGAACACUUAAACAACACAAUGUAACUCCAAGUCAAUCACACUUCUGUGAAAUCAAACUGUCCACUUAGGAAGCAACACUGAUUGACAAAUUUCACAUGCUGUUGUGCAAAUGGAAUAGACAUCAGGUGGAAAUUAUAGGCAAUUAGCAAGACACCCCCAAUAAAGGAGUGGUUCUGCAGGUGGGGACCAAAGACCACUUCUCAGUUCCUAUGCUUCCUGGCUGAUGAUUUGGUCACUUUUGAAUGCUGGCGGAGUUUUCCGUGGAGAACGGUCUGCUGCCUGCAACAUCCUCCAGCAUGACCGGUUUGGCAGUGGGUCAGUCAUGGUUUGGGGUGGCAUUUCUUUGUGGGGCCGCACAGCCCUCCACGUGCUCGCCAGAGGUAGCCUGACUGCCAUUAGGUACCGAGACGAGAUCCUCACACCCCUUGUGAGACCAUAUGCUGGUGCCGUUGACCCUGGGUUCCUCCUAAUGCUAGACCUCAUGUGGCUGGAGUGUGUCAGCAGUUCCUGCAAGAGGAAGGCAUUGAUGCUAUCGACUGGCCCGUCCGUUCCCCAGACAUGAAUCCAAUUGAGCACAUCUGGGACAUCGUGUCUCGCUCCAUCCACCAACGCCACGUUGCACCACAGACUGUCCAGGAGUUGGGGGAUGCUUUAGUCCAGGUCUGGGAGGAGAUCCCUCAGGAGACCAUCCGUCACCUCAUCAGGAGCAUGCCCAGGCGUUGUAGGGAGGUCAUACAGGCAUGUGGAGGCCACACACACUACUGAGCCUCAUUUUGACUUGUUUUAAGGACAUUACAUCAAAGUUGGAUCAGCCUGUACUGUGGUUUUCCACUUUAAUUUUGAGUGUGACUCCAAAUCCAGAACUCCAUGGAUUGAUAAAUUUGAUUUCCAUUGAUAAUUUUUGUGUGAUUUUGUUGUCAGCACAUUCAACUAUGUAAAGAAAAAAGUAUUUAAUAAGAAUAUUUAAUUCAUUCAGAUCUAGGAUGUGUUAUUUUAGUGUUCCCUUUAAUUUUUUGAGCAGUGUAUAAUUUCUACCUAAAAAUACCUCUACAUUUCAAUCACAGAUCAGUAGUAAUGAAGGAAUAAAAUCCACUAGAUAAAAACUGUACAGUCCGACCAGCGCUUGUGUGUAGGCUACAUCUCCCUGUUUUAUAAUUAGUUUGUGAGGUUGACAACUUUAGCUAAAUAUUUGCAAUACAACACUUCCUCACAUCUUUGCAAUAGUUCUUAAACAACAGUAUUUGUGAAAUGACUGUUAGAUAUAUUUCCUUAAACAUCCUUUGUGUGCUUAUUCUUUAACCAUUGAUAUGCUCAUGGUCAUUUUGAAACCUUCAUCGUCUACCAACGGCAUGUCCAAAUUAUUGUGAGAAAUUACCCUGGUCACUCAAAACAUUUUAUUAAUUAUUUCAAAAGUAUAAAUAGCUCUCACUUUAGAUUAGGGACUGCAAAAAUAUUUGAUUAGUACUAAUGAUUAGUAAAUGGUUUAAAUAUACAAAACCCAAUGACUCAUUAAUACAUAAUUUAAAAGUUAUUUAUACAUGUGAGAAUACUAAUAUUUAACAAAUGUGGGAGUAAUGAUUAAUAAAUGGUGAUAAAACUGUAAAGGCCUGUAAAUGCUUUAUUACUGAAUGUUAUAAAAACGUGUUUGUCUGAAGCCUGAUUCACACAAUCACACUGUUUACUGUUACAGUACGGUAUUUAGACUUGUAUUAUAGGUGGUCCUUGUGCCCAGGGUCUGGGGGCUACCGCUGAAGCUGUUUUUAAAAAAACUUUAUUUAACUAGGCAAGUCAGUUAAGAAAAAAAUUCUUAUUUUCAAUGACUGCCUACGAACAGUGGGUUAACUGCCUGUUCAGGGGCAGAACGACAGAUUUAUACCUUGUCAGCUCGGGGAUUUGACUUCGGUUACUAGUCCAACUAGUCUAACGCUCUAACCACUAGGCUACCCUGCCACCCCGUAGGGCUAACUUGAUUAAAUGGCUAAUCGUGAAUUAUUAAAAAAGAUUUGUCAUUUUUUUCUGAAAGGUUAUUUUAUAAGUGCUUUUGAGAUGAUUGAUUCAACUAAAUUAAAUGGAAAUUACAUUUAGUAUUUUUGUUUAAAUCAGAGAAAACAACACACCAGAAAAGGAAAACAACAUUAAGGUAUGAUUGGGUCAGAAUAUAGUAUGGUUGUUAUGAUGUCUGACAAAUAGUAUUUGUUCCCAUGAUGUAACUGAGACAGUCUCCCUCAACUUGAAGAAGUACUAUUCAUAAUUUAAUUCAGAUGGACAUUUCUAAACGUCUAUGGAGUGCUCAUAUAGAAUGGCACUAUUAAUUUUGACUGCAUUUGCUAUAGUGCAUACCCCAUACUGCUCUACAAAGGCAAAACACAGUAACUAUGUAAUUUAUUUUACUGCAAAAUCUGACUUCAAAGUCUUUUUCUGUCAAGACAGACACAAAAUUCUGAUACUGCAUUAUAUAUUCUGAUCAACUGGCUUGUUCUUGUGUCAGGAAACUAAAUACCACAUUAAUCAGAUAAUAUACCUGGCCAUUACAACAGAUCAAUUUCGUAGGGCUGCAAAAUGUCAACUUCAACUUCCCUACUGUCAACUUUCCUACACACUGGCCAGCUGACAUGUGGUCAUGUCUCCUGAGGUUGUGGAUUAUGGUCCAAACUGAGCACUAAUCACUCAACUGUUAGUCUGCACAGUUAUCCUAUUUCCCAUGUAAAAUAGCCUUUGAAUGACCAAAACAUCUCCCAUACUAUAUAUUCCCAUUUUUUUCCCCCAUAUAUUUUCCCACUAUAUUUUUCCAUUAUAAUUAUCAGUUGAGAAAAUGUACCUUUGCUCUCAUCUCUAACUACCAUUAAGACUGAAGGCUAGGUGGGCAGAGGAACAUCCCAUCCUGUUGUACAUUACAUCAUCAAUUAUUUGUUUAUCUAGCCAUUUGUUCAUUUGUGUGCUCAAGUGUGUGUUUGCAUGCAGAGAGACUCCAGGGAGGGGAGUUUCUGUCAUUAACUCGGGGAUAAAUAGAGAGGCAGAGCUCAGAGUUUGUCAGAAGGCUGAACUGACACGGUCACACACAGGACCAAGCAGGAGCAGCAGGACCUCUGCAUUUUGACCCUUUAUUACAAAUGGAGAAACAUGAUGAUAUUCAAUACUGUUUUCAAGGCAGAAACUCUUCUUGCAGAAAGGCUUUGCUAUCAUCAUCUAUCUACAUAACACUGUACAUCUUCUUCUCAUUGAUUUCAGCCAUUACAGUAUUUUUGAACCUACUGGUGAUCAUCUCCAUCUCUCACUUCAAGCAGCUCCACACUCAAACCAACCUGCUCCUCCUCUCUCUGGCUGUGUCAGAUCUCCUGGUGGGACUGAUUGUGAUACCAGUAACGACUGUAGCAUUAAUGGAAUCAUGCUGGGAUUUUGGGAAAUAUUUCUGUGUGUUUCAGAUCUACAUUACUUUCUUAUGUAGUUCUUUAUCUCUGGGCAAUUUGGUCUUGAUAUCUAUUGACCGCUAUGUUGCUGUGUGUGAUCCCUUAUUGUACCACUCUAAAGUAACAAUAACAAGAAUGAUGUGUUGUAUAUUCAUUACCUGGUGUUGUUGUAUCAUAUACCGGGCUGCUAUUGUAAACAACUUUGUAAAUGUACUGGUACCCAGUAGGUGUUUGAAAGAAUGUUUUAUUGUUGAAGGAAUAACCUGGGGAAAUAUAAUUGACCUUUUAUUUACAAUGGUUGUCCCUUGCUCUAUUAUUAUAACACUUUAUAUGAAAAUCUUUGUGGUGGCCAGAUCACAGGCCAGAAAGGUAUUUUCAAAAGAGGCUGCCAGUGUGUCUGGUGUUCAAACUGUACAAGCAAAUAAGUCUGAGAGAAAAGCAGCAAAAACUCUAGCUAUUGUUGUUUUCAACUAUUUCAUUUGUUGGAUUCCAUUUUUAUUUUCUUUCUUUUUGUAUUUUUUAAUUGACAGUUUAUUUUCAGUUAUGCUCAUUGGCUUUCUACCACUUGUUAACUCUUUUAUCAAUCCAAUAAUUUAUGCUUUCUUUUAUCCAUGGUUCAAACUGACAGCUAAACGUAUUUUAACUCUGAACUUUUAAAUUGUAUUUUUUAUUUUUUUUUAUUCUUUAUUUAACUAGUCGUUUAAGAACAAAUUCUUAUUUACAAUGUCGGCCUAACUUAACUUAAGGCAUAAAUAGUUUUUAUUCCUACGUUUGACAAACGUGUUUUAUAUAGUUUUGUAAUACAAUUGUUGCAAUUGCUUCUUUCAUGUAACAAUACACUGACAUUACUUAUCUCAGUAUUGUCAUCAUACGCGUGUGGUGGUGAUACAGCAUUAUUUGUCUGGAUUGGUUUGGAAUGACUUGGAGAAGGUAUAAUAAAGCAUGAGCUUGUUUUAUAAAAUA